GCAGCGGCCUCAGCGGGGAGCGAGCCCAGGGCCGGGGCCCGGGCCGCUGUGGAGGUCCAGGACGCUGCGGCUGCUGCUGCUGGGGGCCGGGGCGCCAUGGGCGUGGAGGUCGAGACUAUCUCUCCUGGAGACGGAAGGACAUUCCCCAAGAAGGGCCAGACAUGCGUGGUGCACUACACAGGAAUGCUGCAGAAUGGGAAGAAGUUCGACUCCUCCCGGGACCGAAACAAGCCGUUCCGGUUCAAGACGGGCAGGCAGGAGGUGAUCAAGGGCUUCGAGGAGGGCACUGCCCAGAUGAGCCUGGGCCAGAGGGCCAAGCUGACCUGCACGCCCGACGUGGCCUACGGAGCCACGGGCCACCCGGGAGUCAUCCCCCCCAAUGCCACGCUCAUCUUCGACGUGGAGCUGCUCCGGCUGGAGUGAGCCCGGCGCAGGUGGCGCCUCCCCUCCCCCGCUCGGCCAGCAGGGCUGGCACCACGGAGCCCGGCGUGCGCAUGCGCGAGACCCGCCGAGCUUUCUCCUAGGGACCACUUCGCUUUCCGCGCCUGCGCCGGGCCCCAGGCCUAUGCCAAGGGGCCUCGGGGUGGAGAAAAAAUAAAGGCUUGGCCAGA